CGAUCCCGUCAUAUGACGCAUUGAAGCCAAGCCCUCAUCUUUUACAGUGCUUGGCUACCUUUUCGCCGUCGCCAAGAACGACCGGCACAAGAUUAGGGGAAAUAUAGAGAAGAGAAUCAUCUUCAACGGAAGAGGUGGAGGAAUUGUUCAUAGGUGAUGUAACGAUUCGCGAACGUGAGUUACUCUGGAAUAAAUCCAAGGUUUUGCUUUUGAAAAGGUUUUCACUUUUGGACUAAAGGAUAUAUUUCGAUACGUGAUUUUGUUUUACUUUAUUGAUCAAACCUGGAUUACAAUAACUGCACCCCGGAUAUGAAGAAUUCCAAAAAAGAAAAGACGUAGUUUAAUGAUGGAGGUGAAUCCUAAUUAGAUACAGAAAAUGAAAUGUGACAUGAGAUAUAACAUCCAUUUGGAUCCACAAACCAUGUCGGUACAUCGGGCAAUCUGCGGAGGGUAAGGAAUAAUUGAUAAAAAAGAAGAAGGGAAUCGGUCAAAAUCUGGAGCGGAAAAGUAGGAGACAGACUAUUUUUCUACUCGGUGAGACUCGGGAUCAAAAACUGAAUUCCCUAAGGAGAGUCUCAGAAACGGCCUCCAUGUUCCUCCACAGAGCUAUGAGUAGCAGGAAGGAGCUUUAGACGAAAGUGGAGUGGCAUAUUCAAGAGCUUUUAGUUCCGAAAAAAAGAGGCAUGGGAAACCUAAAAUUGACCUCUGAACUACAGUAUUACAGGCUGUGGAUCUACUCAUGCAACCUAGUACUACUCGUAAGCGUGGUGGCCUUUGUAUCAAUAGCUGCAUGGAUUAUCUCUGACUUCCGAAUGUCGCUCUUUCCCUCCAUCGAUCUCCGCCACCCUAGCCUGCUCUAUGGCUACCUAGCCCUCGCUCUUCAGGGAGGCAUCUUGCAGGCAAUCGGCUGCAUCGGGGCCAUCCGCAUGAACGAGCGCCUCCUCAACGUCUACUGGACCCUCAUGCUGAUUCUCCUGUUCGGCGACGUCGUCUUGGGAGUAGUCUGGCUCUUCCGUUUCCACAACAUCUCCAGCCACCUCAGAGAAGAGCUAAGAACACGACUGACGGAGAAAUUUGGCGUCGACGCCGAGUUCCAACUCCUGUGGGAUCGCAUCCAAACGGAAACGGAAUGCUGCGGCGUGGACGGACCACAGGACUUCAUCGACAGUGAGUGGUUAAAAAAGGACAGGCAGGAAUAUCCCCAGCACCAUCAGAUGGUGCCCAGAAGCUGCUGCAAAAUGCAGCAAAGGUCCUCCAGUUACCACGAGCCCGAACCUCUGAAUAUAUCCUGUGUGGAAACGGACAGAAGUCCGGGUUUCAUUCACCUUACCGGUUGCUACGAUUCGGUCCACAGGUGGCUUCAGCAUGCGGCUGAUCUUCUUUGUGUACUCGGUUUCUGCGUUAUAGCAUUCCUCAAGCUUUGUUUUGUCGGCAUUCUUCGUUAUGAGAUAAGGGAAAUGAUACAAAAAAUCAGGGUCUUGCGCGAUAUGAGCGAGUCACCCGGACUUAUGGACCCGACGGGACCUGCCAGUCUCCUUCCGGGUCCGGCCAUGGCCGCCAAAUUCCGGCGCCAAAGAAGCAGUACCGUCGAACAGAAGCAACCUCCCAAUGGUAACAACAAUGACGCAGACCCUGUUUCGUCCCCUGCGAAGAAAAGUUCGAGCCCUGUGUGAGACUUUAUUCUGAUGAGUACCUAACAAAGUAUCUAUCAUUAUAAGAAAAUAUAUUAUCUAUAAAUAAGAGGGAAGCUCCCUCUGAGCCUACGAUGAUCCAAUUUUCAGGUCAUUGGAAACAACAUUAGUGAGAAGACACCGUUAUAUAGUCUAUAUAACUUUGCAUUCAUGUAAAUAAUGAAUACACUACACACAGAGGAAGAGAGCAUUCAGAGUUUUAUUCAUACAGGUGCAAUUUAUUGAAUUCCUCUUUUUAUGAAUGAGCUUCAAAAAACUGUUAAGUUAUAAAAUCAUCCCCCCCCCUACAUAACUUAUAACUGCGCAUUCCAUGUAGGGAAAGGGGUAAAACAGCUCGCUGUUUUGUCUUAAGAAUAUUUUCACAAUAGUAGGACACAUGAUGAAACAGUUCGUGGCGACCUAUUUUUGGACUCAUCCGUUUCAGGGGGCCGUAAAAAAAUUAACAAAUUAUUAUUGAAGCCAGUGAGGUUUUAUUAAGUGGGGUAAUAGGUACUACUACAACUGUGUAAUAGGUAUCUAAUAUACUAAUUUAAGUACAGUGGUUAUAGGCUUUUUACGGCUUCCGAAAUAGAUAAGUACCCGUACUUUCACAAUAUUUUUCGUAACAAUAAUUAAUUUCAAUAAUUAAGUAAAAAAUUAUUAAAAUUAAAAAAAGCCAUAACCGAAAAUGAUUUAUUUAACGUUAAUAUCAUUAUAAAUCACAUGGCGUGAAAAAGAGGAAUUAAAACACGUACGUUUAGAUUUUAAAUAGAGUCAAUUCUUGAUUAUCCAGGCAUGUAUUAACGAGGGCAAACGUGAGGUAGAUUAUUGAAUGGAUUAGUUAGAAAGACUUUAAAACAAAUGAUAUAAUGAAGCUUUCUUAAUCCGAUUACCUAUCUUAUUGGUGCUAUUAAAAA